AUUAAUUCAAAUCCCCCAAUUUAUUCGGUUUCCAAUUUCCACCGUAGUAAUUUAUGAUCGCCGCUUCAUUCGGCCAACAACACCCGCCGCACCGGAGAAAUUCCCGCCGCCGAAUAUUCCGAUGAGUUCGCGAGAGAAGCUUCUGGACUCUCUCACCGCUCACAUCUCUCUCUACCACUCCAAAACCGCUGGAGGCAGCCCCAAUUCGAAUCCCAGCACCCGGUCAACCGUACUCCGAUGGUUCUCCUCGCUGUCGGUGCACCAGCGCCGCGCGCACCUAACAAUUCUCGACGUGAACUUCGUUGCGAUCCUCAUCCAGAUGGAGGAGAAGCUCCACUCCAGCGGCUGCGGCCGAUUCAUCAUUCUCCCCGACCUCCCGCAAAAUGACGGUUCUGCCCUCCCCACGCUGUGUUACCGGAAAUCCGAGGGUUUGCUGUUGCGAUCCUCUGACUCCAACGGCGCGGAGCGCGAGAUUCACGGCUCGCUGGAGCUGUUCAGCUCGAGGGAGGGCGAGAAGAGUGGGGAAGGGGGUGGAUUUGGCUGUCUCGAUGCGGUAUGUUUGAGUGAGGGUUUGGUGGAGGAUGUGAGUAGAUUUUUGGAUGUUAUGGAUGAGAUUACGCACGGGGAGUUUCUGAGGGGGGGAGAGGAGGGUGAGAUGGCGGCUGAUUGGUUGGAGCUCGCAUGGCUCAAGGCAAAGGGGUAUUAUAGUUUGGAGGAGUUUGUUGUGAAUAGGAUGGAGGUGUCGUUGAGGUUGGCGUGGUUGAAUAGUAAUAGUGGGAAGAAAAGAGGGGCGAAGUUGAAGGAGAGGUUGAUUGCUGCUGGUGUUGCAGCGAAUGUGUUCUGGCGGAAGAAAGGCUGCGUCGAUUGGUGGGAGAAGUUGGAUGAUUCUGUGAAGAAGAAUGUGUACUCUACGUACUUGGGGAAAGCUGCACGCUCAAUGACAGCUGAUAUGGUGAAGGGGAAAGUUAGCUUCUCAGAUGAUAAAAUGUGGUUAUAUGAUGGUAGCAAUAAGCACCUACUUAGAUGUGAUUCUGAUUCAUUGGGUAAACGAAAUAUUACAACAAGCAGGAGGAUAUUUUCAAAAGUUAGAUUUAAAGCCAAGCCUGCAGAAGAUUCAGGGGAUCUCUCUGCACUGUGUCAGAUUUUCAAUAGUUUGUACAUUCUUCAGGUUAUUUCUACUUUGUUAUCUACAGCUCAGUUUGAUGGUUACCAGAAAGAGACACUUUUUUUCAGCUCCUUGGACUGUAUAAAUAGUAUUUCGGACAUUAUAAUUAGGAAAUUGCGGGAGUUACUUAUGGUUAUUUCACUUGAUUGCACAAAAAUUGAGUUACUCAGAGAGGAAAAUACGGAUUCGCGAACAAAGAAAGUAAAUGAGAAACAUGUUUCCAACAAUCGUAAGAAGAAAGGGAAGAACCACAAUAAAAAGUUGAAUCCUGUUCCAAGACCUUCUCAAGAUAAUUCAAAACCAAUAAUGCCGGCUAAGGGUAGAGUAGCUGGGGAGUUAUGUAUCAGCCAUGAAGAUAUUAGACAGUUGGACAUUUAUGACGGUGAAGUUCCAGAAAAGGAUCCAGCACAUGAGAAUCACUUAACAGUGCAUCCAAUGGAACCUGUAAAAGGAAUAAAUAAUGGAAAAGUUCAAAAUGCUUCCAGAAAGAGUAGGAAAGAAAGAAAAAAGCGUAAAAGCUGUGGCUCCAAUGGUCCAGAGGUUGAUAAUUGUCAAUCAAGAUCCAUUAAAGUUACCUCUGCCCGGAUUGACAGGCCUGAUGCAAACUCAAGUGUUUCUAGUAGUUUAGGCACAGAUAUCAUUGGCCAACAUGUGGAGAGUUGUUAUUCUACUAAAACUGAUAUCCAUCUCUGCUUGAGUAACAAUCAAAACGUGGGAGUAGUGAAUGAUGGUGCCACAAGGCCCAUAACUAAACCUGGCUCCAUGGAUGGGAAUCUGGAUUCUGGUGCUACGACUGUUGAGGCUGUGGUCAAGUGUAAUGACAAUAUGUCCUCAAAUGUGAUUGACCAUGUAAAUUAUGCAGUGUGUGAUUCAGGGAGACAGAUGAAAGGUAGUGAACCAGAGGGAAAAACAUCUCAGGGAACGGAGCAUGAAAGUCUUGGUCUCCUUAGAGUUCGGCCCAUAAAUUCACCUGCAUACACUUCUUAUGAGUGGCCAAGUACAGCUCCAAUCCAUCCUUCAACAAGUGCAUAUCACCCUCGUGCCGCUGAUAGAUUGCAUCUUGAUGUUGAUCACAAUUUACGGAGUCAUUUCCACCAUUCGUUUGUACAAACUUUACAAUUAAGAAAUUCUCCUAACGAUGGGGCAUAUAAUGGAAUUAUGCCUAGACCUCUGCCAAUGAGUUUAGAUUGGCCCCCCAUGGUGCGCGGCGUUAACAGAAUAGUCCCAUCAAGUACUUGCAAUUAUGAUUCUGAUUUCAUUUCAAGACGGCAGUCUUCGUUUCGGCAAAGCAUUGCAGCUCACAGUGUGCAGUCUGGUGCAGCGACUUCUGAGGAUGAAAGGACUGUUUCUAGUGAAUUGAUGGAAUUACCUGAUGUCCCAAAUCCACUGGAACUGACAGACGAGCAUGAUAAGAACUGGAUGUCUGAGGAAGAGUUAGAGACUCAUGCAAUUGGACUUGGAGGGAUGGAUUACAAUCAGUACUUUGGUGGUGGUGUGAUGUAUUGGAACCCGUCUGACCACCCAAGGACCAGUUUCUCUCGCCCCCCUUCUCUCUGUUCAGAUGAUAGCUCUUGGGCUUGGAGAGAAGCAGAUAUGAACAAGGAUGUUGAUGAUAUGGUUGCUUUCUCCUCCUCUUACAGUGCAAAUGGCUUGACCUCUCCAUCUGCGGGUUCCUUUUGCUCUCCAUUUGAUCCUUUGGGACCAGGACCUCUUAAUUACGUUAUGCCUGGAAGUGAAAUUAGCAGCAAGGUUCUUCAUUCUUCCUCAACCAUGACAGAUAUUGGUGUAGAAGAGAGUGUAUCUGGAUCUGCCUCCAAUAUUUCAGGUGAUGGAGAUGUAACGACUGUGGACUCACUCCCAUACCCUAUUUUGAGACCUAUAAUCAUCCCUAGUAUGCCGAGGGAAAGGUCAAGAUCAGAGUUUAAGCGUAGUUAUGAUCACAAAAGUCCAUGUGUUCCUCAAAACAGACGGGAUCAACCUCGGAUUAAGAGGCCCCCUUCUCCUGUAGUCCUCUGUGUACCACGUGCUCCCCAUCCACCUCCACCUUCCCCUGUUGGUGACUCCAGAAAACAUAGGGGAUUCCCUACUGUUAGAUCUGGUAGCUCAAGCCCAAGGCACUGGGGUGUUAAAGGUUGGUUCCAUGAUGGAAUCAAUUUUGAGGAAACUAUCAUGCCCAUGGAAGGGAGUGAAGUAAUCUGGCCUUCUUGGAGGAACAAAGGCCUUCCAUCCCGUCAGAUUACACAGCCUUUAGCAGGAACAUUGCUUCAAGACCGACUUAUUGCAAUUUCCCAGUUAGCCCGUGAUCAAGAACACCCAGAUGUUACAUUUCCUCUGCAACCUCCUGAAUUGCAAAACAAUUCCCCUCACAAGGCUUCUCUACCACUGGUCCAUGAUAUUCUGCAUGAUGAAAUCAACUCUUUCUGCAAGCAGGUUUCUGCAGAGAACUUCAUCCGGAAGCCUUAUAUUAAUUGGGCUGUUAAGCGUGUUGCACGAUCCCUUCAAGUCUUAUGGCCUCGUUCCAGAACAAGCGUUUAUGGCUCAAAUGCAACUGGUUUAUCUCUGCCAUCUAGCGAUGUGGACCUUGUGGUUGGUCUGCCUCCUGUGAGGAACUUGGAACCUAUCAAAGAAGCUGGAAUUUUAGAGGGACGUAAUGGCAUCAAAGAAACAUGCCUUCAGCAUGCUGCCAGGUAUCUUGCAAAUCAGGAGUGGGUCAAAAGUGAUUCUCUCAAGAUUGUGGAAAACACUGCUAUACCUAUCAUCAUGCUUGUGGUGGAAGUUCCUUCUGAUCUUUUCUCUACUCCGUCAAAUGUACAAACCCCAAAGGAAGAAGCAGUUCAGGUACCUUCUGACAAUGACAAACCUAUUCAGAAUGAUGCAGGAAACACGGAGUCUGCUGCUUCUCUUAAUUGGAGUAAGAUAGGAAAUGGCAGUAAUGAUGAAUUCAAAUCUGUUCGUCUUGACAUUAGUUUCAAGUCGUCUACGCACACUGGACUUCAGACAACUGGACUGGUUAAAGAUCUUACAGAGCGGUUUCCUGCUGUAACACCUCUUGCUUUGGUGCUAAAACAGUUCCUCGCUGAUCGUAGCCUGGAUCAAUCUUAUUCUGGUGGUUUAAGCUCAUACUGCCUGAUAUUAUUGAUCACGCGGUUUUUGCAGCAUGAGCAUCAUCAUGGCCGACCAAUUAAUCAAAAUUAUGGGAGCCUCUUGAUGGAUUUUCUAUAUUUUUUCGGAAAUGUCUUUGACCCACGACAAAUGCGAAUCUCAGUACAAGGAAGUGGAGUUUAUUUGAACAGAGAACGUGGAUGCAACAUCGACCCACUUUGCAUCGACGAUCCUCUGUUUUUGACGAAUAAUGUUGGCAGAAAUUGUUUUCGCAUUCAUCAGUGUAUCAAGGCAUUUGCUGAUGCAUAUGCAAUGCUCGAGAAUAUACUAACAUGCCUUGACAAUGAUGGCAUUGAUGCCAAGACUACCAGUAAAUUGCUUCCAAAGUUGAUUCCCAGCAUCGGUCAUUUGGUAGGCACCUAGUAUAUGCAAGGGGAUUAUACCAUUCCAAGCAUCAUCAAAUUGGCCUAGUGAACAACUCAUGCUGGUGCCCAUGCACGUGCCCGUGCUGGCUCUGCACCGGUUGUCUCACAAACAUCGAGUAUGCCUUGUGAUCAUGGUGUAGGAAACAAUCGGUUUGAGCACGCCACAUUGGUGUGCAUUUGGAGAUGAUGUAUGCAUCUAAAUCCGGCUCUUCCAUAUUUUCACCUAACUCUCGAGUUGCUCCCCCCUCCGUGUUAAGAGGCCUUUGCAACUGUGCUCGAAGAAGAAGAGCAUGAUGAGUAUUGGCAUUUCGCUACAAGUCUUGUAUGGGGAUUGGGGUUGACACGCUUGAACGUUACAAGAUUGGGAAUCGUACCAUCUCCCUGUGAAAAUGGCUAUCGACUUUGGAGUGGAAUGUCAAGAGAUACUGUUGUUGGAAGAUUGCUGAAAUCUGCAUGGUGAUUUGGUCUUGUUGAGGUAAAUUGCUCAUAUUUGAUUUUGUUUGUAAAAUUGUAAUCAUCUUUUAAUAAAUCUACGAAAUACAUAUUAUUUCAUUUCAUUUUAAUAGUGUCGACCAAAAACAAAUGUUGAGAUUUGUUGCCCUCAAGAGCUCUUAUCAAUCUAUAGUAGAGAGGAAUAUCAACUUUUGCUCAA